CUCCCGGUGUGCAUUGCGUCCGCCUGCUAGCUUCCAGUGCUAGCAAACAUAGCAAGUGAAAUGUUGGACAAAAUGUGCUGUUGACGAUGUACAAAACUGCGGAUAAAUGUACUUUUUCUUUAAGUGGUUUAAACAUAUAUGAACAUGUCCUUCCCUGAAGUAUUACUUGGUUAAAACUGUUCAAAUAGGUCCUUUAAACGAUGGCGUUUCCUCAACCCAAACCUCAGCCUCCUCAGCUUCCUCAGCAUCUUUUGAGGACCAUUGACUGUCAGCAGGGAGCGGUCAGAGCCGUUCGCUUCAAUGUUGAUGGAAACUACCUGUUAUCUUGUGGCAGUGACAAAUCCCUGAAGUUAUGGAGCGUUGGCCGAGGGACGUUACUAAAGACGUACAGUGGCCAUGGAUAUGAGGUCCUGGAUGCUGAUGGCUCCUAUGACAACAGUCAGCUUUGCUCCUGUAGUUCUGACAAAACAGUGAUUCUGUGGGAUGUCGCAAUGGGUCAAGUCACACGCAAGCUCAGAGGACAUGCUGGGAAAGUUAACUGUGUGCAGUUCAAUGAGGAGGGAUCGGUCAUUUUAUCUGGCUCCAUAGAUGGCACUGUGAGGUGCUGGGACACCAGAUCCAGAAGAAAUGAGCCCAUCCAGGUUCUAGAUGAGGCCCGCGACAGCAUUAGUAGCCUCAAAGUUGCACAACAUGAGCUGCUCACUGGGUCGGUGGAUGGCAGAGUGAGGCGUUAUGACCUGAGAAUGGGACAGCUUCAUGUUGACUUCAUCAGCAGUCCGAUUACAUGUGUGUGUUUCAGUCAGGAUGGCCAGUGCACCUUGAGCUCCAGUUUGGAUUCAACAGUACGACUUCUAGAUAAGACCACCGGGGAAAUGUUGGGAGAAUACACUGGACACAAGAUGAAGGGCUACAAGUUGGACUGCUGCCUGUCCAAUAAAGACACCCACGUACUGAGCUGCUCAGAGGACGGACAUGUUUAUUGCUGGGACCUAGUGGAAGGAUCUUUGUCUUUAAAGCUUCCAGUUGGAAAAGCAGUCGUCCAGUCGUUGUCUUUCCACCCUACAGAGACCUGCCUCCUCACAGCCAUGGAGGGCCAGGUUCAGGUGUGGGGGGCACAACCAGAGGAGGCAGAGGAUAAUACCCUGCCUAGUAACAAAUAGUGAAUGGACUUGAAUGGAACCACUGUGUUUGUACAGGAUAUUCCCUUCUGUUAGAAAUAUGCCAUCUUUUUGUUAGAGAAAGAAAAAAAUUUAACACGAACUGAUGAAGUUCAGCUUCACUUUGAUCUGAUUCUGAUAUUCAACCUCUGUACAUGUGUGCACAGAGCAUUUAGGGGUUUGCUUCCUGAAUCUGCUCUAAAUUAAAUAAUAUGGAAGCUUUUCCAGUAGAUCCUUAAUCCCGCCAGACAUGAUGUAUUUGAUCAUUUAUUAAAAAUCUUUUCUGAACA